AUGAAGUUAAUGAUUAUCAUUCUUAUUUUCACAGGACUAUUACAGUUCUCUGCAAAAGCAUUGAAUUGUGCGAAUAAUCCUUGUAAAUUAGGUGGUUAUUUUACAGCAAAAAAAGGCUACGAAUGUUUCCAGGUGAAUCACGAAGCAUUUUGUACCUGUCCCAAUGGUGGACUAGAAAUUAAUCAACAAUGUCGCGUUUGUAAUCGAACUGACCCUAGGAAGAACGCAUGUAUGCCUUCUCCAAAUCUUCUAGCCUGUCUCGAGACACAGGAGUACGGCGGAUCAUUUGCAUGUUUAUGUAAGAAUCGUCUAGGGCCUGUAGUGACAAUAUCGUCUAAUUGUGAUUCACUCGUUACAGUAACAAGUACUAUGACAACCGCAUCGAGUGCUACUGUAUCUGCUAUGUCAUCGACAUGUUUCAACGGAGGUUAUCUUGUUGAUGGUAACUGUCAUUGCCCUAGUGGCUUCAGUGGAACCCUUUGCGAACAAAUUUUCGAUGCUCAGUUGUGUGAAAGAAUUAGUUGUAAAAAUGGAGGAGCUUGUGCUAUUCGAAAUCCAGAUGGACAUUAUGAAUCUAUAUGUCUAUGCCGGCAAGGUACUUCAGGCGAGUAUUGUGAAUUUAGAGGAACGCCUGGUUUUUGUACGCGUAAUUCAUGUAUGAAUAGUGUUAAUUGUCACGAAACUUUGAUUGGAUCGACACGCCAUGCAUAUUGUAACUGCCUACCAGGUUACUCAGGAACCACAUGUGAGAAUCAGUAUUUUAAAUGUACCUCAGACGGAAAAUUUAUUGAUAGUUUUAUGAAUGAUCAAGGCAAAUAUUUUCAUUGUACACAAGCAAAUGAAUCAUAUCGAUUGGAAAUAAAAUCAUGCCCAAAAGGUCUCCGUUUUAAUCAAAACAAGAAUACUUGUACUCUAUACUGA